AUGACUAUUUCUUGGAAUAAUCCUCCUGAUGGCACAUGGUAUAGCCGACGUCAGGUUCUACGAGCAAAAGUGGCCGGCUUUAUUUCCAGCAUCCUAGACGUUGCCCAAGUCCCCAAUAUCCUUUGGGGUGAACAGGCCGUUGACCUUUUCACUGAAGAGGAACACCUGGCAACUGAGGCCCGGACAAUUGAAUUCGUUGUUCCUGACGAUUUGCUCGACACAGCCGUUCGAGAACUCGACUCUUUUGAUCAACACCAACUGUGCGUCGACCCCGGCUGUAUUUUAAUUCAACCCAACCAACACCAUCCAGUCCCCGAUGCGCAUUUCCACACUCCAUUCCUUCACAAUCUUCCUACUCUCGGAUGGCUUACAUAUGAAAAAACUUCUAUGAGAAGUGUGAUUGGAAUCGACACAAUCUCCUUAUUUAUCAAGUCCAAGACCCUCUGGUGGCUCCCUGAUUCCUUCCUUGACUUUUCCGCAGAGUGCAGUCUCGUUAUGAAUGUCAACGACCACCACAGCUGGUCGGUCGAUUGGCAGAAUCUUUACCCAGUCAAGAUUCUUCAACCUAUGGCACUUGCCGAGGCUUUGAUUUUUCUACUUGGCCGCGACCACUGCCAAGUCGAUAGCGGUAUCCUGUAUUGGAGGAAACUUAUUCCUGCAAUGGCUAAACAGUUUGUUGGCAAUGAGCGCUCACAAACUACGUGUCCUGAUAUCCAAGCUCAUUGGUCAGCGCUUCACGAUACGAUACACGGUGUCGACGAUCCGAUGUCUCCGAUCCGAGAAACUCGCGAGGAGUUGAUUGAGACUCUUGAGAUGCCGGCUGUAGGUUUCAAUCCCAGUGGACCCUCUCUAUAUUGUGAUCGAGAGCUUGUUGAUCUUGAUUGGCUUAAGGCCUGGGGCGAGGAAUAUGAUAUGAUGGGUAUUCCGUUGACAGAUGAAGAUAUCGGUAUGAAGCGGUCUCUUUUGAAGAGCUUUAUGAGGUAUUCAUCCAAGUAA